UUCGCGCAAUGCUCACUCUCCCUCAAAACAACUUAAAAGAGCAACUCGAGCGGCACACCAAAGUUAGUGCCGCUCAGAACAAGCUGUCCCUGACCAAACCAAAGCCUGGGGCCUUUUGCUUCAAAAAGAAGUCUACGUCAGGUGUUAGCAAAGCUGAAGUUCCCCAAAAGGUAAUUGGUGCAAAUGUUCUAGCAAACCGGAGUGUCAAUGUUCCUGGCAGCUGUAAAGUAACAAAACCUCCUCUGACAUUUCCAAACAAGCCUGAAAGAGCACCUCCAAAAUUCAACUUCUCCACUGCACCCAGCAAAACCAAGCCACAGACCAUCAACCCAUUAGCAAACCCAUUUGCAGUGGGGAAAUCCACCCCUAUUCAGUCUGUCACUGAGGCUUCAGUAAAACCAGACAACACCCCUGCAGAUGCUAAUGACGAUAAAGUUGUAAAAACAUUGGGCUGUCACAACUCUUUUACCAUUCCUGUCGAUGACUGGGAUGACUUUGAUGAUUUUGAAACUCCAGUAAAGGGAAAAGCAUUAUCACAAAGCCCCCAGAUUCCAGUGAAAAAACCACCAGGAACAGACAAGGAUAUAUCGCCUAUAGUUGCUAGUGCUAAGAUUGCUGACACAACAGAGAAUGGAAGUUUGCCUGUAGGACCGUCUUUUGGUGUUUCUGGAGAAGCUUCGGAGAUUACAGCAGAGACCUCUGGUGCUGAUAAACAUGAUGCCCUAUCUGGACAUAAAGCUGGGGAGCCAGAUGAUUCACCCAUCAAGCCAACUAAACGUCGUUCACCUGGGGUUCAACACAAGCCACUGCUAAGUGACAGUGAGGAUGAGAGCAUCGCUGACAUUAUUAAACCUAAAGAUAAAGCUGAUGGGAAUGUGAAGCAUUCAACAGACAUUGAACAUAAAUACAUCGAUCCAGAAAUCAUAGAUAUAGAUGACAGUCAGACUCAGGAUAUGCUGGAGGAUGACUUGGAUUUUAUUCCGCCCUCGCCUGAAGAAAGGAGCCCACCUGUUUCAAUUCUGGUGAAAAGAAAAUCUGACCUUGUCAAAAAUGCUGAAGUAAAUGUUGCUUCACCAAGAGGCUCUAUUUCAAGCUUUCCAGAACAGGAUAUUCCUGCCAAAGAUUCAAAAGGGCCUGAUGAUGCUCUCUUCAGUGUCAUGGAGUCUAUCUGUUGUCUAGUGGAUGCCAUCCCUGAGCAUGAGCUCAUAGCCCUGACUUGUGGCACAGAUCUGCUUUUACAGAGAGCUCACAGGAAAAGGAUUCUUGCUGACAUGGCAUCAUCAGGGAAGCACCUGUCAGACAGAGCAACCCCUGAGCCCAGAUUGCUUCAGAGAACAAGUUUUGGAGUCACGACUCCUUUGACCUCAUUCAAAGAAGACAAUUCUAAAGGCUUUCAGUUCCGAAAGUCCCUUGCCUCUACGAUGUCUGUGGACUUUAACAACAGUGUCUUUGAAGACUCAGACUGCAUUAUUAAUGGUGUGGAAACACCAGGAGGCUCCUGGAACCCUUUCCUCAAAUCUGCUGUCAGUGGAGAGCAGGGGAAUAACUUAAGCCUGAACUGGAGUAAUGGCAAGUCAGGAGAGAGUACUUCGAGGCUUCUCUUAAAUCAGCCAAAUGAUCAGACUGUGGAUCUUAAGCAGACUGAACUUUUCUUCUCACUGAAGAAACCAGUGGAGGCCAGCAGAAAGAAUACAGAGAGUAAAGCUGGAAACAGCACAGCAGCAUCUGGUUGUGUUGAUUUAAGAGCGAGCACAGAGCCAGAUGACUUUGACAUUGAUGACUUUGACAUUGAUGAUUUAAAUGAGAGUGAUAUCCCAGAUUACUAUGAGGAACCUGUGGAUUCAUCAGCUUCAAAGAGGAGUUCCAGUACCCUCCCACAACCAGUUCGUGAAGGUGGACCCUCUAAGUCUUGCGAGAAAAAGACUGUCACUACCCCCACAGCAGUUGUAAAACCUACUAAGCCAGCUUCCCCUGAAGUUACAGUUAGGAAUCCAGCGCAUGACCGCUUUAGGGGCUUUAACUUUCCUCAUUCUCCGGAGAUGAUGAAGAUAUUCCACAAGAGGUUUGGUCUUCAUCAGUUCCGUUUCAAUCAGCUAGAAGCCAUCAAUGCUGCACUGUUGGGAGAAGAUACAUUUGUCCUGAUGCCUACAGGAGGGGGUAAAAGUCUCUGUUAUCAGCUGCCUGCCUGUGUGUCUGCUGGGGUGACUGUGGUGAUUUCUCCACUACGUUCGCUUAUUGUGGAUCAGGUCCAGAAACUCACCACAUUAGAUAUCCCUGCCACCAGCUUGUCUGGGGAUAAAAGUGAUAGUGAAGCUGGGAGAAUCUACUUGCAGCUCUCUAAGAAAGAUCCUCUCGUCAAACUGCUUUAUGCCACUCCUGAAAAGGUAUCUGCGAGUGGGAGGAUGAUAAGUGCUCUGCAGAACCUGUAUGAAAGAGGCCUGCUUGCUCGUUUUGUCAUAGAUGAGGCCCAUUGUGUCAGCCAGUGGGGACAUGACUUCAGGCCAGAUUAUAAGCGGUUGCAUGAGCUACGACAGAAGUUUCCCAGGGUUCCUGUCAUGGCACUGACAGCCACUGCCACACCUCGAGUCCAGAAGGAUAUCCUGAAUCAGCUGGCCAUGACUCGGCCACAGGUUUUCACAAUGAGCUUCAACAGACACAAUCUAAAAUACUCUGUACUGCCUAAAAAACCUAAGAAAGUUGAUGAGGACUGCAUUAACUGGAUCAAGAAACAUUAUCCACGUGACUCUGGUAUUGUGUAUUGCUUGUCACGUAACGACUGUGACACCAUGGCGGAUAGUCUUCAGCGGGCUGGGAUAGCAGCACUGGCUUACCAUGCUGGGCUAAAUGACAGUGACAGAGAGUAUGUCCAAAACAAAUGGAUCAACCAGGAUGGCUGCCAGGUCAUGUGUGCCACAAUUGCGUUUGGCAUGGGCAUUGACAAGCCUGAUGUGCGGUAUGUGAUCCAUGCUAGUCUGCCCAAGUCGGUGGAAGGCUACUACCAGGAAUCAGGGAGAGCUGGUCGAGAUGGAGAGAUAUCCCACUGUGUCCUCUUCUACUCCUACAAUGAUGUCAUCCGCAUCAAAAGACUAAUUGCCAUGGACAAGGAUGGCAACCACCAUUCCAGAGCCACUCACAUUAACAACCUGCACAGCAUGGUGCAUUACUGUGAGAAUGUGGCAGAGUGUAGAAGGAUACAGCUGCUUGCGUACUUUGGCGAGCACAAGUUCAAUUCUGGCUUCUGUAAUGAGCAUCCCGAAGUCAUCUGUGAUAAUUGUGCCAGACCACAUCAAUACCAAGCCAGAAAUGUGACCGAGGAUGUGAAGAAGAUUGUGCGGUUUGUGCAGGAAAACUGUGAAAAAGUUGGCAGCAGAUAUGGCAGAUCGUCACAGCAAAACAGACUUACUCUGAACAUGCUUGUUGACAUCUUCAUAGGCUCUAAAAGUGCACGAGUCCAGUCAGGCAUGUACGGCAUUGGAGCAGCUUACUCCAGGCACAACGCAGACAGGCUAUUUAAGAAGCUUGUGCUGGACCACAUCCUGAUGGAGGAUUUGUACAUAACCAAUAACGGUCAGGCCGUGGCCUACAUCUCAGCUGGCCCUAAAGCCAUGAAUGUCCUGAGUGGCAGCUUGCAGGUUCAGUUCCAUGAGACCGAAAGCGCCUCUAGCAUCAGGAAGCAUAAAGCCUCUGUGACCAAGAAUGUUUCCAAGAGGGAGGAGAUGGUCAAGAAGUGUCUGGAAGAGCUCCGCGAGCUGUGCAAGAAGCUGGGCAAAGUGUUUGGUCUUCACUACUACAACAUCUUCUCUACAAGCACCCUGAAAAAGAUCGCCGAGACUCUGUCGGCUGACCCUGAGGUGCUGCUACAGAUCGACGGUGUGACUGAGGACAAGCUGGAGAAAUAUGGAGCUGAGCUCAUCGAACUGUUACAGAAAUACUCAGAAUGGCAGCUGCCUGCUGAGGAGCACGGUGAGAGCUCAGGGUGGAUCGACACGACACGUGGCCAUCCUGAGGAUGAUGUGUAUGAUGACGGAGAGGACGGCUCUUCAGCAUAUUUCAGGAGCAACACAGGCCGAGGAGAGAAAAGGAAGAAGGCAUCCUUCUCAAGGAAACCCAAAAGGCAACGUGGUUACAACAACAAAAACUCUAAAAGUGGGAACAGUGGGAACUGGUCUUCGUCUAAAGGAGGAUAUAAAAGUGCAGGUCGGGGAGCGGGCCGAGGCUCCUCUAGGCCUGCUUCUUCAGCUCCAGCAGGGAGAAGACCAGGCUUCAUGGCUCUGCCUACACCCCAGAACGCUGCACGACCAUUCCUCAAACCAGCCUUCUCUCACUUCAGCUAGGUCCAUCAGCUACCAACCUUUUUCUUUCUGUGUCCACAUAUUUGUAAAGUAUGUAUAUAAUUUCUCUUUGUGUAAUUGCUUUCUGUGUAUUUGUUGUCCUGUUUAUAUGCAGCCCACUUUUUGCAUUUAUUCUCAGUAUUAUACUGUACAGUGUAAGGGAGCAGUUUGCUUCCAUACGUCGUCUCAAAUUGUGUACUUAA